AUGAUCGCCGAUGCGGUCUCGAACUAUAUCACACCCUUCCCGCACUGUCAUGAAGACCAUACUAUCACCUCCCCCUUCCAUCGCUAUGCCCCAGCCCAAUAUCAACACACCGCCUCCAUAACCCACGCAAACGCCCGCCACUACACCCCUACCAACAACCCUCCACAAUCACGAUGCACACACCAAGACCCUUCAUUUCCUUCCUCACACCGAGGAUCCUGCGCCCCUUCCCCCAUCCCCGACCUUCCACCCACCUCCCCCUCCACCACCAACACCGAUGACGACGAUUACUACUACUACGACACCGAUGAGGCCGUAACCGGGCUCUCGCCCACCGAACACCAAACGUCGAAACAUGAGCCGCCCGUAUUGCCGCACAAGGAGAUGCCGACCACCAACCCGAAUGCUCCCGCGAAUAACGCGACUCAAGAGGACGAGAUUAGUGGUAGGGUUUGUGAAAAGGUCGAGGCGGAAGGGAUCGGGCGUGAAUCCAUAAACGCAGAGAUAUUAUGGGAUGCAAAGAAACAGCGAGAGAGGUCGGCGAAAUCUCGAAUUUUGCGGAUCAUGGAUAUUGGGCGAGAAGUGGGACGGCUGACUAUAGAUGUGACUGACAAAGAAAGGAGGGAAGUUAUUGCAAAUUUGGAAUGGGGGAGGGGAAUACAUGGAUGGAUGGAAUGGGAUGAUGUUGACGUUUUGAUGGGGAAGUUUAGGGGGGAUAGUGAAGGGUGGGGUGGAUGUUUUAUUGAAUAUGUGGAUGUUGAGGCGAAGAAUGUAGAGACUGAGAUAUCAGUAGGUGGGUCGAGUGGGCUAUUCUCGGAGCUACAACGAUUUCCUCGGUUUAGCUUUUCGAGGUGUUGCUAUGAGUGGAAGAUAUUUCUGAAGGUGGUAAACGUUGACUUCAGCGUCAAAGGAUGGGAAUACAUCCGCCCGUACAGUACUGCAGUACAUCAAAUUUAUACAGUAACUAUAUUUGAGGCACUGUCACUAGCCGUUUACGGUAGUAUUAGGUUAAAUACUCCGUACAGUACAGUACAAUCUACCAAUUCAUCCGUUAUAGAUACAGUUGGUACUCGCAAGCAGGCUGAACAGUACAGCACAACAUACAGCCUCAAAACUACUCCGUUACGUACGGAAGUCAACACUGCUCCUAUGUCUUCCUCAUACCGUCGCAUCCCUUCGAACUCUGCAACAGAGGCCUUCGGCGGUCCUGCUCGCCCGGACCGAGUGCGAGCGCGAGAGAGACCGAGACCGUGGAUGCGUUUCAACGAAAACAAGCUCGAAACCCUCCCACUGAUCUGGCACCCACUCAUUGAAUCGUCUCUACAACUACAGUUAGAACGAAUCACCCUUACGCAUGAUGUAGAAUUCAAUGUCCGGAACGCCACACCUCACCCAAGCUAA